ACAUCAUGAUGAACGGCAGUUCGGGUGCUUUUGCGGAAACAACUGUUCAGAUCACGGUCCUCGACGUUAAUGACAACCGACCGACGUUUAACAGACAGUCCUACAGCGGCAGUAUCUCCGAACACGCAGUCAUACACACGCCUGUGACGGGACUACAGAUGGAGGUUUCGGAUGCAGACCAGGGUACGAACAGUGAGUUCAGACUGAGACUGUUGGGAGAUGACGACUCAGUGUUUGACGUGGAGCCCAAGUCAGUGUUGGGAGGAGCGGCAACUGUCACCAUCUUUGUCGUGGACCCGCCUGCACUGGACUACGAAACUCUGGAGAAACCCGAAAAGAUCCUCCGUUUUCUGAAAUAG